AUGCAGCCUAGUAACUCUCAUUGCAGAUUAGCGAUUCAGAUCUACCAGCACAUCCUGGCCUUGGUAUUUGCUAUACAGGAGAUCAAUGAAAAUCCCCAAAUCUUACCCAAUGUCACCCUGGGCUUCAACAUUUAUAAUAAUUAUUUUGCACCAAGUUUGACCUUUCAAUCCUCAAUGGAACUUCUCUCCACAUGUCAGACAUUCAUCCCUAACUACACAUGUGAUGUCCAGAACAAGCUCAUAGCAAUAAUUGGAGGGCCUAACUCUAACAUCUGUCUCCACAUGGCAACUGUACUGGACCUCUACAAGAUUCCACAACUUACAUAUUCUCCUGCUCCAGAGAAAAAUAACAAUGCCCAAACUGUUUUCUUCUACUGGAUGUUUCCAAAUGGAGCCCAUCAAUAUAGGGGGAUUCUCCAGUUACUCUUGCAUUUUCAUUGGAUAUGGAUUGGAGUGAUUUACCUGGAUGUUGAGAGUGCACAGAUGUUUAUACAUGAUAUGCUUCCCAUGUUUUCCCAGAGUGGUAUCUGCUUUGACUUCAUAGAAAACAUAUUAAAAAUAUAUGUUUCCAGUGACAUCACUGACAUUAUGACAGUAGGGAUGAGAAUAUUCACUGUCAUCAGGAGAAGCAAAGCAAAUACUAUGAUCUUUCAUGGUGAAAUGCAGAGCAUGGCAGAUUUUAGAAGUUUGCUUCACUUUCUUGAAUUUGAGGACAUGCCAGCAAAGAAACAAGGUAUAGUUUGGAUUAUGACUGCAGAGAUGGAUUUCACAUCAUUUUCCUUUCAAAGAAACUGGAGUAUAGACCCCAUCAAUGGUGCUAUUUCUUUUGCAAUUCAUUCAAAUGAGGUAUCAGAAUUCCAGCAAUUUAUUCAAUUGAGGAAGCCUUCUUUGGAAAGAGAAGAUGGCUUUAUCAAGGAAUUCUGGCAACAGGCAUUUCACUGUGUCUUCCCCAACCCUGAUGGAGACAUGAUGAUUGAGCAUAUCUGCACUGGGGAGGAGAAGAUGGAGAUGCUUCCUGUAUCAAUGUUUGAAAUGAGCAUGACCAGCCACAGCUACAGUGUCUAUAAUGCAGCCUAUGCUGUGGCACAUUCUUUGCAUGCCAUGCAUUCAUCCAUCUUGAAGACUAGGAUGAUAACUAAUAGAGGGAGAUGGAUGCUUUUGAAUCAACAGCCAUGGCAGGUCUCUCCCCUUUCUGUGUGUAAUGACUAUUGCCAUUUGGGUUAUAGUAAAGCUACGAAGGAAGGGAAGCCAUUUUGUUGCUAUAAUUGCCUUCCAUGUCCAGAUGGGAAAAUCGCAAACCAGAAGGACAUGGAUGACUGUUUUCAGUGUCCAGAUGAUCAUUAUCCAAACAACAACAGGGAUUUAUGCAUUCCAAAAAUUUUAAGUUUCUUAUCUUAUGAAGAACCCUUGGGGAUAGGUUUGGCCAUUGCUGCUCUUUCUUUUUCUUCCAUCACAGUUUUGGUGCUAGGAAUCUUUAUGAAGUACCAUGAGACACCUAUCAUCAAAGCCAACAACCAGGACCUCUCUUACACUCUCCUUAUCUCAAUCCUGCUCUCCUUCCUUUGUACUUUUCUGUUCAUUGGCCGACCUGGAAAACUGACAUGUCUUAUUCGGCAACCUACUUUUGGCAUCAUCUUCUCAGUGGCUAUUUCUUGCAUGUUGGCCAAAACAAUAACUGUGGUUUCAGCUUUCAUGUCCGCCAAGCCAGGAUGCAGGAUGCAGAAAUGGAUAGGGAAAAAACUGGCCAUCGCAGUUGUUCUCUCCUGCUCCUUCAUUCAAGCUGCUAUUUGUACUAUCUGGCUGACAACUUCUCCACCCUUCAUAGAGCUUAAUAUGCACUCAGUAAUUGGAGAAAUCAUUGUGGAAUGCAAUGAGGGUUCAGUUACUAUAUUCUACUGUGUCUUGGGUUUUAUGGGUUUCCUUGCCAUUGUCAACUUCACUGUGGCUUACCUAGCCAGAAACUUACCUGACAGUUUCCAGGAGACCAAGUCGAUCACUUUUAGCAUGUUGUUAUUUUGCAGUGUUUGGUUGUCCUUUGUUCCAACCUACCUGAGCACCAAAGGCAAAUACAUGGUGGCUGUGGAGAUUUUCUCUAUCCUAACUUCCAGUGCUGGGUUAUUGGGUUGUAUCUUUUUCCCUAAAUCCUACAUCAUUAUGAUGAGGCCUGAUCUGAACAAAAAGGAACAGCUAAUAAAGAAGAAAAAAUGA